AUGGCGGGUGGCGAGAGCGCCCGCGUGCCAAGAGCCUUACAGCACCUCUUCUCUCCCCAUUCAUGGCAGGUCCAGGCAGAUGAGACAGAUGGAAACUGCAUCACGUUUGUGUUGCACGAUGAGGACCACACGCUUGGCAAUGCCCUCCGAUACAUGGUCAUGAAGAACCCUGAUGUGGAGUUCUGUGGCUACUGCAUCACACACCCCGCUGAAAGCAAGACCAACUUCCGGAUCCAGACCAGAGGGGCCCUUCCUGCUGUUGAGCCGUUCCGGAAAGGGCUGAACGACCUGAUGGAUGUUUGCCAGCAUGUGCUCAACACCUUUGAGAGGAGCAUGAAGGAGUACAGGGCCCAGAGGGAAGAACAGAUGCAGUAGCGUUUGGGGAUGGCAGCCUCCAUGGACGUGUGUAACACCUGUGUGUUGAAUUCCCUGUGCCAAGUAUUUUUGUUUGGUUGUGUUUUAAACAACUGUUUUGAUGCAAACCUGUAUUUUCUCUUAUAAUAAAGUUUAUGGAGUUUGAUGUUGCAGA